AUGAAACAUCAGAAUGUAAACGCAACUAUCACCGAGAUCCGCAUGAAGUUCUGGAUAACGAAAGCACGCCGGGUAUUGCAGCGGGUUAUCUGGAUCUGUGGUGUGUGCAAACUCCAGCGUGCCACCCCUACCCCACCUCUAAUGGGUCCGUUGCCUGAAGAUUGCCUAAUGCCAGGUGGAUGGCUAUUUGAAUACACUGGUUUAGACUAUUUCGGACCAUUACUUGUGACGGGUCGACGCCAAGAGAAGAGGUGGGUGGCUCUAUUCACUUGUUUAAGAACUAGAGCAAUUCAUCUGGAGCUAGCCCACGACCUGUCAACAGACUCCUGCAUACUUGCGAUGAGGAAUUUUAUGUGCCGCCGAGCUCCAGUAACUAAACUACGUAGUGACAAUGGGAAGAACUUCUUCGGCGCAGAUAGAGAAGCCAAACGGUUUACCGACAUUUUUGAAGCAGACAAGAUCCAGGAUGAGCUUGCUACCCGUUGUGUGGAGUGGAUUUUUAACUGCCCUCUCAACCCCACGGAGGGAGGAGUCUGGGAGAGGAUGGUCCAAUGCGUAAAAAGGGUCUUGGCUCAUACAGUAAAGGAGGUGGCCCCGAAGGAACACGUCCUGCAAAGCUUGCUCAUUGAGGCCGAGAACAUUGUGAACUCAAGGCCACUGACCCAUCUUCCUGAUACGCCCACGGAGUGUCAAGAGUUGCCUAAACCGUGUGAAACCAGGAAACAAUGGCGCAUGGCACGACUACUGAGGGACCGGUUCUGGAAGCGGUGGGAUCAUGAAUACCUACCGACCCUCGUGCGUCGCGAGAAAUCGUGCGCGCGCACCCAGCCGAUCAGCAAAGAUGAUGUCGUCUACAUCUGUGACCCUGCAACGCUACGACGAGAAUGGAGCAAGGGUAUACUCGAGGAGGUGUACACCGGAGCCGAUGGGAUACCUCGGCGAGCAGCUGUAAGAGUCGCCGAUGGAAAUAGGGUUCACAGGGUAGUACGUCCCGUCUCCAGACUGGCGGUCUUAGAUGUGAUGCAGUCGCUUCACGGGUGCGGGGAUGUCGCGGGACGGGAAUUGAUCACCGAAUAA